AUGGCGUCUGGGGCCCGCUGCUGGCCUGCCACACGGUCCCUGGGACCCUUCCCUCAGUCACUGAGCCUGUCCUGCUCGGCCCGCCCUCCACCCACCUGGGCGCUGCACCACCUGGACCAGUUCAUCGGGGCCUCCCGCCAGGCUGCAUGGGCCGCCCUGUCUGUGCAGGCCUCGGGCAGGACCCCACGUCGUGCAGCCCUGCGGGGUGCCCAGCGCGGCACGUCGGGGCGGGAGGAGCCUGGGCCCGGGGUUGGCCGACCCGGCCUGGCCGGUGGACGGGUGGGGGCGGCCCAGGGCAACCAGGGAGAUUGGGAGCCGCGAGCCACUGACGACAGCGAGCAGCGCGGCAGGCACCCGACCUCUGUUUCCCGGAUCCCUGGAGAUAAGGGCCACCUGGCCAGGCACUCAACCCUCUCUGACUGUUUCCACGGUGCAGGCACUCAACCCUCUCUGACUGUUUUCCUGUUAACGGAAAGCUGCGGUUUAGCUGCAAGGCGACUGUGGAAUCCAAGCCAGAAGGCGGGUUGUCUGCAAGGACUUGCUGCUCAGGGCAGGACUGCACGCAGCUCUGCGGGGUCAGGCCCACCUCCACGUGCCUUCGCUGCAGCCCGCGUUCCCAACACUGGUGCCAGGGAAACAGGCCCCUUGCAGGUGUCUGCAGAUGUGAUCCAGGUAGGAAAAGGUCAUCCUGGGCACAGCAGGCCCCCAUCCAAUGACAGGUGUCCUUACAAGGAGAGGGAGAUUUGGACACAGAUACAGACACACAGCAGAGGCCAUGAGACGGGAGGGGCGCAGCCACAAGCCGAGGGACGCCAAGGAUCGCCAGCCACCAGCAGAAGCUGGAGAGGCAGGAAGGAGCCUCCUCCGGAGGCUUCAGAGGAGUGUGGCCCUGCCCACACCUUGGCUUUGGACGUCUGGCCUCCAGAACCAGCAGAGAACACAUUUCAGUUUGCGGGGAUGUGUCACGGCAGCCCUAGGAAGCUAACACAGCAGGGAACCCCUGACGCUGGGGCUUUACCUUUGGGUUUUGCUGUCAACAGCUGUUACGUGUCGAGAGCUAGGGCACUGCUGGCCGCCGUGCUCACAGCCGGGCGCUCCAGCCUCCCGCUGCCCGUCGGUGCCAGCCCCGCACUCCAAUCCCCCCACCCCGGUCCCACUGCCUGGCACAGCUCCUCUGCGGGCUCAUUGGCGUCUCUUUCACAAGCCCUCACUCUCCUCUUCAAUCUCACACCCCCAAGGUUUCUGAAACUCUGA